AUGAGUAUCUUUUGGAUUCUAAUAUUUUUUGAGUUGAUAUCCAUAGAAGUACGAUCAUAUGAGACAACAAAUGUUAAACUUAAUCCACAUCCAACCCCUGAUCAAUUAGCUUGGCUAGAACAAUCAGAUAUUGGCUUUCUGAUUCAUUAUAAUAUGGCAACAUAUAUACCAGUUGAAUACGAUGGCUGUAAUCGUGUACCAUCCUUAGUUCCUGAUAUCAAUCUAUUUUAUCCCGAUACAGUGGAUACUGAUAAUUGGGUACAGACAUUCGUUGACACUGGUGCGAAAUACGCUAUUCUAGUAGCUAAACAUAACUGUGGCUUUGCAACAUGGCCUACCAAUGUCCAUUUUCAAUUAACAACAAAUGAAACAAUAAGCUAUAAUUACUCUGUUACAUAUAGUCCUGUAUCAGAUACAGAUUACGUUGAUCAUUUUGUAGAUUCUUGCAAUCAAGCUGGAAUAAAAACUGGAGUAUACUAUUCCACUAUAUGGAACAAUUGGUUAAAUGUACGAGACGCUCGUGUCCAACCUGGACCCUUAGCUCCUGGUCAAAUGCCGAUCACUCAAGAAACGUAUGAAUCAAUCGUGCUACAACAAUUAGAAGAAUUAUGGUCGAAUUAUGGACCGCUGCUAGAAAUAUGGUUCGAUGGUGGCUAUUCACAAUCAUUAAAAGCUGGAAUAUCCAUGUUAGUACAAAAAUAUCAAUCGCAUGCAUCGAUUUUCAAUGGAUUUGGCCUAACAAAUAAUAGUAUUCGCAAUAUUGGUAAUGAGUUCGGUUAUGCUAAUGAGGAUACAUGGUUAACCGUCAAUGAUAGUGGCCAAGAAGAUCCGAAUGGUAACCGCUAUUCAGUACCUGAAUGUCCCACUACUUUACAAGUUAGCGAUCGAUGGUUUUAUGGUGGUGCUGAUUUUCCUAUUCGACCAUUGCAGGAAUUAGUCGAUACAUAUCAUACAACUGUAGGACGUAAUUGUAAAUUAGUAUUUGACUUAGCAGUCGGUCGAGAUGGCUUAGUUGAUCCAAAGCAUGCCAGUAGAUAUAAGGAAUUUGGUGAUUAUAUUCGAGGUUGUUAUGGAACGCCAUUAGCUAGCGAAUUCAAUUGCUCAGGUAACAUAUGUAUCUUGCGAUUUCCCUCGACGCACUUAGCCGACCGUGUUGUUAUUCGUGAAAACUUGAGAAGUCCAUCUGGUGCUAGUAUUCGUCAAUGGUCUCUUGAUGGAUUGAUGAUGUGGGGAGACUGUUUAGGCUGUUGGAUACCCAUUCCUCCAGCUAAAGGGCAAUCAAUUGGAAACAAACGUAUCGUCCUAUUUGGUGAAGCUGUUCUGAUGCAAGCAAUACGAUUGAAUGUCUAUAGUACUGUCGGUGGUCCACCUAUUCUGACGCAAUUUGAUGCCUAUCUUUGUCAAUGA